AUGGAUAAAAUUCAACAAUUAAAAGAUAUUUCAAGAAAAUUUAAUUUUCUGUUACUUGAAGAUCGAAAAUUUGCUGAUAUUGGUAAUACUGUAACAUUACAAUAUACAAAAGGUCUUUUUCGAAUUGCUGAAUGGGCAGAUUUUGUUAAUGUUCAUGUUUUACCCGGUGUAGGUAUUGUACAAGCAUUGGAACAAACAGCACAAUUAAUCAAUGAACCACGUGGAUGUUUAUUAAUAGCACAAAUGUCAUCAAAAGGAGCUCUUACAGAUAAUGAAGAUUAUGUUAAAGGUGUGAUAAGAUGUACUGAUAAAUAUUCGGAUUUUGUUAUUGGAUUUAUUUCCCAAUUACAUUUAACAACUAGUAAUAAAUAUCUUCAUUGUACUCCAGGUGUUCAUUUGAAUAAUACCGGUGAUCAACUUCGUCAACAAUAUGUAACACCAUGGCAAGCAAUUUAUGGACGUGAUGCUGGUAUUCUUAUUGUAGGUUGUGCUAUACUUGAUUCAAUUAAUCGAGUUAGAACUGCUGAAGAAUAUCAAAAAGAAGGUUAUCAAGUAUAUGAAGAAUUACAUAAAAUUUAA